AUGAGCAAAACACCCUCAAAGAAGACACACUACUGUGCUGUACCGCACUUUCGCUCCCAAAGGCGUCCGUGUCAGGCGAAGUUUGAUGACGAAUUAAGUUACAACCGCGACCCUUACGAUCCGUACGGCGAUCACGACGCAUUUCCUCCCCAGAGUCGUGGGCAUCCCCGUCUUCAUUCACUGAGUCUGCCCCCGCCUCGAUGCCACAAGUCAGAGAGGCGGCGCCCACUUCCUGACCAAUCUCGUUAUCCUAAAGACCCGUACAAUGACCCUCGUCAAUUUGAGUCGUAUCAACGCCGACAUGAACCAGAUCGUCGCGGACGAAGCGGGGGACCAGAUCGCCGAAGAAAGAGCCUAAGCGCACCGCCUAUCGAUCUACACGUAGGCUCUCGUCGCCGCAAAUCCAAAUCACCACGGUCAGGUCGAGCUCCAUCGUUAGACAGUGAAACUCGCACCGGGCGCAAGCCACAACCCGAACAUCGUUCCCGCAAAGCUGAUGCAUACGAGCGUCCUCGAAUGGUAGAGGAUUAUAAUGAAAAUCCACGCAUGGCUGGCAUGUCCAGUCAAGUUCCCCGCUCGAGGGACCCCUAUAAUCGGGGUCCCUAUGGUCGUAAAUCUUCUCGGAACUAUCCCGAUUACCCCGACGACCCUCAUGAAAAAAAGCCCAAACUUCGCGAUCUUCACGGCGACCCGCCUUCUCACCAUCGCAGUGCAGCACAGGAUUCAUCGCCGGAGCCGCGGCAACGAGGUCGCGCUACAUAUUAUUCUGAUUUUGACGAUGACAAUUAUGGUGAUGGCCGUCGCCAGCGAGCCCGCUCCCAAGAGCGAGACCACGGGCGGGAUCGAGGAGGCCGCUCUCCUUCUCGUGGCCGCCCGCCAACUACACAAAGGCCCAGAGCUGACAAGUCGCGUCGAAGCUCCAUGCCUGCCAGUACAAAAGCAAAGAUGAACUGGUGGCAGAACCCUUAUGUCCAGUCUGGCUGUCGUACGGCAUUUACCGCUGGUGUCCAGGCUGCAAUAAAGUCCCAAGAUGAUCCCGCGCCCUGGCUGGGUGCCAAGGGUGCCAAAGUUGCUACUGCUGCAUUGGGUGCCGCACUCGUUGACGGCUGGAUAGGUCAGAAGCAUCGAGGAACUGCCAGGCAGAACAUAAGACAAAAAGGUGUCGACUUUGCCUCUGCACAGGUUGCUGCUGGUGGCAUUUCCCAUCGCUCCAAGUCGCGCCACCGUCGCUGA